CGUUGCUUUGGGCUACAAACUAGCCGCGUGGGAACUGGAUCUACAAUGCGUUGAUAAAAUGGCCGUAACAUUCACGACAAGAUAGUAUACUCUGUGUUUGUCGUCGUAGAGUUCAUGGAUUUGCCUCCGAGAGCUCCAGCCGUUGUUCAUGGGUUAAAGCCUUCGCGGAAUCCAAACCUCAAAAUUGUCCGAGUAAUUGUCGUUGAAGGAGUUGAUUUAGCUAAGAAAGACAUUUUUGGUUUAAGUGAUCCUUACUGUAAAAUAAAACUGUUCAGAGGAGAUCGGGAAUAUGGAGAGAUAGACAGUGUUGUUACUGAUACUAUCAAAAAGACCUUACACCCUGUCUGGAAUGAAGGAUUUUUCUUUAGGGUUAACCCUAGAGAUAACAAGCUAUUAUUUGAAGUUUUUGAUGAAAAUAGAGUAACUAGAGAUGAUUUUCUUGGAGAAGUUGAAUUACCUUUGACUACAUUGCCAAUUGAGAGUUCAACUGUGCGAAUCAGACCAGGAUGUUACAACUUAAGACCCAGGAGUAAUAAAUCAAGAGUUAAAGGCCAUUUGCAGCUAUUGGUAUCAUUCCUUCCAUCAGAGGACCUGUCGUCUUCUCAUUCAACAACUCCUGCAUCAAACACAGAUGCAGAUUCUAAUCUCAGAGUUGUUGAUGACCAUUACCAAGCUCCUACAUCAAAUGUCACCAAUUCAGUACCCUCAGCUACCACUAUCCAAGUUGAUCAACCUGUGCCCAGUGCACCACCACUACCAGCUGUUAUAGCAGCAUUGUCUUCAUCACCACAGCAAGCCCAGUCUCUUCCAGAUGUUGAGGAACCACAAAGUUCAAGACAAGAACCCUCCCUUCCUGAAGGUUGGGAAGAGAGACAGGAUGCUAAUGGUAGAACAUUUUUCAUUGAUCAUGCGACCAGGACAACAUCUUGGAUACGCCCCACAGGGAGAAGUGGAUCAAGACAUCAACAGGAGGUUCAGCAAAAUGAUGAAAUACGAGAAAGGAACUUCAGGAUAAGACGACAUCUGAGUGUUGACGAUUCUGAACAGACUACUGCUAGUAACUCAACUGGUGCCAGCCAGGGAAGUCUUCCAGAGGAGUUACUGCCUCCUGGGUGGGGUAUGCAAACGGCUCCAAAUGGCAGAAUUUUCUUUAUCGAUCACAAUACCAGAAAAACAACAUGGCGAGAUCCUCGGCUUCAUCACCAUACCAGUGGAGGACCGUCCAUGUCACCAGAAAUUGGACGAUCAGCGGCCCUUAGCCGAGAUCUUGGACCCUUACCAGACGGCUGGGAGGAAAGAAUCCACCAAGAUGGCAGAGUCUUCUAUAUUGAUCAUAACACAAAAUCUACUCAGUGGGAAGACCCUCGGAUUCAGAUUAACAGCAAACCAGCCCAGGCUGUGCCUUACUCUCGGGAUUUCAAGAGAAAGUGCGACUACUUCAGGACCAAGCUGAAGAGACCGGUUAACGUUCCCAAUAAAUAUGAAAUUCAUGUGAGACGAAACAAUCUUCUGCUGGACUCAUAUCGAGGUGUCUUUGUCACUGUCACCAACACCGAGCUACUCAAGACAAGGCUCUGGAUUGUUUUUGAUUCGGAAACUGGCCUUGAUUAUGGAGGGCUUCAAAGGGAGUGGUUUUACUUGUUGUCCAAGGAAGUGUUCAAUCCCUAUUAUGGUCUAUUUGAGUAUUCAGCCAGCGAUAACUACACGCUGCAGAUAAACCCAAAUUCUGGUUUGUGCAACGAGGAACAUUUGUCCUAUUUCAAGUUUAUUGGCCGGCUAGCUGGAAUGGCCGUUUACCAUGGAAAACUACUUGAUGCCUUUUUUAUUCGUCCAUUUUACAAAAUGAUGUUGGGCAAACCCAUCACUUUGGUGGACAUGGAGAGUGUGGACUCGGAAUACUACAACAGCCUGAAUUGGAUCCUGGAAAAUGACCCUGAGGAUUUAGACUUGACUUUCAGUGUGGAUGAAGAGUUAUUUGGUCAGGUAACGGUCAAAGAUCUUAAGCCUGGUGGAUCAGACAUUAAAGUGACCAAUGCAAACAAAAGAGAGUACAUCAACCUUGUCAUUAAGUGGAGAUUUGUAAGCCGCGUCGAGGAACAGAUGAGGAAGUUUAUGGAGGGAUUUGGCGAGCUUAUACCUCACAACUUGAUACAAAUAUUUGACGAAAGAGAAUUAGAGCUCCUCAUGUGUGGCCUGGGUGAGAUCGACAUCAAUGACUGGCGCAGGAACACGAAUUACCGCGGAGAAUACAGUGAUAAACACAGCGUGAUCGUGUGGUUUUGGAAGGCUGUGGCGUCCUUUGACCUGGAGACUCGCGCCAGACUCUUGCAGUUUGUCACGGGAACAUCACGUGUCCCUAUGAACGGGUUUGCCGAGUUAUAUGGUAGCAAUGGACCUCAGAAAUUCACUAUUGAACCUUGGGGUACCCCUCAUUCUCUCCCAAGGGCCCACACAUGUUUUAACAGGCUGGACCUUCCUCGGUACAGAACUUACUACGAACUUCGGGAGAAAUUGCGAUUGGCUAUUGAGAAUACACAAGGAUUUGAAGGCGUAGAUUAACACUGAAGUUUUGUCUUGAAGUAGAGAUACUACCUGAUAAUCAAAUGAAAAUGGAGGAAUGUUUCUCUUCAGACUGGAACUUCUGAAACCUCCUUUUCUUAUUUCCCUAGUGAUUGAAGUUUUGAGGAAAAAAUUGUUCAAUUUUAGGCUACAUUAAGUGUAGUUGUUAAGAGUGCUUUUCUAAAUUGUUACUAUAAACAAAGGCCUGCAUGAGCGUUGCAGAAAACAUGUCAUGCUGAACGGGAGGUCAGUUGUUUCGUGGAUAUAGAUUGCUAAACAGUGUUCGAAUAUAAUCUACUAAUUGAAAAUAUUUAUUUGCCAUCAGCUGGCUUAAUGCGAUGGGUAUUGAGCGCGAGAAAAUAGAGUUGAAACGUUUCGUAUUACAUUUAUAUUAGUCACAACAAACUCUUAAGGGAACAGAAUUACCAACCCCAAGCAAAGAACUUCUUUUUAAUGUUGGACCUAAUUGUCUGAUCAAUCUUAAAAGAGCUAUCUUUAUUAUUAUUUUUUUUAAUUUGUCUAUCAAACUGAGAUAGUACUGAAACACAAAGAUGAAAUAAUAUCAAAGCAAAAUGGGGCAAGGAUUGUUGACGACGAACUUGAAAAAUUUAGGUUUCUAACUUUUGGAAAAAAUACAUAAAGUGUUAAGGAGAUUCUUUAAGCAAAAGGGAUACUUUUUUAAAUUACGUGUAAUUCUCAGACAGUUGAAAAACUUUUAUGUUUAACAGUGAUAGAAGUAGUUACUCCAAUUCAACUUCAAAGAGUUCUGUAUAUAAAUAGCUUUAAAUGAUCUUCAAUGGCCUAUUACAAAGAAUUGUACGGUUUACCUAAUUUCUUUCCCCUUUUUAUUUCCUUUUGAUAUCCCUUCGAUCCGAAGCUAACUUAGAAAGCGGAUUUAUUAAGCGUGACGUAGGUUGUCUACGUCACAUCGCUCCUUUAUAGAGCAGUCCCAAAGGCUACGAGAUCUGACGAACAUGUAAUGACUUUAGUGGCGUUUCCUUGAUCUUAUUUAGAGUGGUCAGCGUGCAACAAACACGCCACUGCAAAUGUAAUCUGACUUUUUUUAAAAAAAGCAAAAAAGUACUGGAUACGUUAUGAUUCUUGAUAUCUUGAAAUACUUUUAGGCUAAAAAUAUUGUUUUAACCCACUUAGCCCCUUGAGUGAUCAUGUAACUCCUCUUCAAAAUAGUAACACUAAGCCACGAGGACAGGUCACGCCAAUCCAUUAGAUAACACCACUUUUUUUAAACAGUGAUCUUUUAGGAAAAAAAGAAUUGUAUUCUUUGAAUAGACUGAUGAAAUACCCAUUCUGCCAUUAAUAAAAAAAAAACAACAAC